AUGGUGUCUGAUCCAAGUUGUGCAACUGAAUCUUCGCAGGUUGCUCCCAGUCAAGAGCUAAUGACAACAAACUCGUCAGUUCCUCCGCUUGUUCCUGCCAGCAAUGCCUUAGUUUCGGCGUCAAGUCUUGUGCAGGUGGCACCGCUGCCUCUAACAACCGAUUUCCACGCUGGUAAAGUGUUCGAGUUAGGAGCAGUGCCUCCAGUACCAACCCAAGAGCGCGAAGAAGCAUACAUCCCCGUGGCGCUAGCACGCGCUCAAUUGAGUAAAGUGGUGGCCGACAUGCACGCGAUGAAAGCCGAACAAGUCCAGAAACUCAAUGAGAUUCUUGAGCACUAUCGUAACAUCGAGAAAGACACCAGAGAGCGACACGAAGCGCGUGUACGAGCGCUCAAAGACCGAGCCGAAGCGAAGCUGAAGGAGUCACGAGAGCUGCAGGCCCAACUAGAGAAAGCUGGCGCAGUUCGUGAAGAGCUCCAUGCGAAGGAGAAACUGGCGCUUCUGGGUGAACAAGAGAAGCAGCGACUUCAACAUCUCGAAACGCAUGAAGUCUGGCGACGAGAGUUUGAGUGUGCAUUACAAGCUCAUGAAGAUCAAUUCGCUAGAGAACAAAAAGCGGCACUGGAUGAGAUCGCCCGCAUCUCUCAAACUGCCAAUUUCACUGGAGAAAGAGCUCAACAGCAGCUUCGCAACGAGCUCCAAAUGUGUAGCGAAGACGCUCUCGGUCAAGCCACGCGCGUCGAUGAUCAGCUUCAAAACGCCCGGAUACAAAUAAAGAGUCAACACCAAGCCUUCCUGGGUCGCGAGAUCAAACUUCGACAGCAUUUUGCCGGACAAUUGGAAGUCGAACGCUUCAUCUACACACUUAUUGACAGCAUUGUCGAUUGUAAGCAGCGAACUGAUGAAACAAAACGAGCUGAAAGUCUUCAGACCAAGCUUCGUGAUCUCGAAGCGAAGGCUAAGGCGGCCGGUUCUCGUGAAGAGAUGUUGGAGCGACGUCUGAAAGAUUCUCGAGAGCGAUUUACAGUCAUGGAGACUCAAGCAGUGCGAGAGACGGUCGACCUGCUCGUUCAUGCUGUUGCUGUGACGAUUGAAGGGGCUGGGAAAGCUAUACCCGCUACUUCAGACGCUCCGACACAGACACAGGACGUCGAGAAGGAACCUAAAGAAAGUUUAGUGAUAGAAGUCGACACUGAAGUUCCGACGCUUUUACUUGACAAGAACAAGUACGAAAGCAACGUCGAGGUGGCGCGAGAGCGUAAUACCGCCCUUCUACGCUCCAAACAAGAACUGUAUGAGGCGAAAGGGAAGCUUGAAGCUUUGACAAAGGCGAAGAAGGCAGUGAAAACUGAAGUCAAGACGUGGCUGGUUGCAUUCCAGAGUCAGUUUGGAAGAGUGCCGACGAUCGAGGACAAGGCACAAGUGAAGGACAAGUACCUGGCAUUCAAAGAAGCUGAGAAAGCGUAUAGCUCACAGAAGGCACUUGUGCAAACACUGGAGCAGAAACAUCACGAUUUGGCACUUCGAAUUGACGCAUCAAGUCGAUGGUCAGCAUUGGGAUCUGCAGUAGCAAAAUCUGCACGAACAGAACAAAUCGGUGAGGAGAAUGAGGACAACGAAGCAGAGUCAGCCAGUACCAGUGACCAGCAUUCACGUCCGGCGUCGCAAGUAGCGUCACGUCCACUUUCGGCGUCCCUAUCGACCCAGGACGUCGGUGUUGAAGCUAUUGUAUUGACCAAAGAAAGCGGUACUGAUGCCACCUCUGCUGAAUUUAAGGAUGAAGCUGUGGCGACAUUGGAGAAGGAAUUGCAAGAGUUGCGGUCUCAGUUAGCGGUCGCCAGUGCUCCUAAACCAGCAAUUCAAGAUGAAGACAAGACUAGCAAGCACAAGGCUACUGUACCAGCAGCACCCACCGCUUUAGAAGCUUUAGUCCAUGGUCUCGAGGAACCUCCAGCUCAAGAGUCAGAAGAGGAUGAUCGAAAGGUACAAGAAACCAAAGCUCGUGAACAAGAGCUUGGACUGCAACAACAACAGCGUCGAGUGCUUCAAGAAGAAAUCGCUGGUUUAUCACGAGAAAUUGAGGAACGUCGAGUGGAGAAGACCCGACUGGAAUCGGAGAUUGAGCAGUUGCGACUGCACUUGGAACUCUCAGAAGCUCGUGACAAUAACGUGUUCCCACCUAGUGAAGCAAAAUAUGACGGUGCUGAUAGAAUCACAGAAGGCCUCGAAGCUAAUAGCGUCGAUGAAAUUGAGACAACAGAACAAGAGGAAAACUAUGAAGAAGAAGAGUUCGAGCCUAUUCCGUCUGAAGCAAAAGAUGAUGAAGAUGAAUCGAUCGAACAAAACUUGGACGAUGACAAAGAUGAACCGGAGGAGGACGAAUCUCAAGAAGUAAAGGAGGAUGCUGCACGGUCUAUUCAACUGGUUCAGAUGAUCAUGGACGCAGUAACUCGCGGCAAAGCGCAGUUCAAUCGUGGUGACAAAGCCAAAUGCUAUCAAACGUACGCUAAAUGCGCCGAGAAAUGCAUCGCCGAGCUCCAGGCUCUUCACGACAAGCAGCGCCGUCAAUUGGCUCCUGCACUCAAGCGCGUUAUGGCUGAAUCUGCGCGUCUGCCACCAGCACGAGGGCCUCAAGCACUUCGCAAACAACUCGAUAUCGUUCGUGACAACUGUGAAGAAUGGCUCAACACUCGAGAAGAGCAGGCAGCGACUCGCCUGGCCGAACGAAAUGCUCGUAAAGAAGCCAAAGCAGCAGCCGCAGCGAUGAAAAAGCAGCAAAUCCUCGAGAAAAAGCUGCAAAAACAAGUUGAAGAGAAGAGCGAAGAGAAGAAAUACCACAAGAAAAAGACUCCUCCUUCUCAAAACGUCGUUCCUUCGGGAGGUGGUAAGGCGUUAGAAGAUGCCAAACAGAAGCUGCGUGCACUUGAAGCAAAAGCGAAAGCUGAUCGCGUUAAAAUCUCGCAGCUUGAAGCUGCUCUAGCCAAAGCAGAGGCACAAGCGUCCAGUAGUAGCAGCAACACAGCAGGAAAUGGCUCUGCAGCUUCAGAUCGCCGCGUGGCAGACAUGGAGAAGAAGCACAAGAAAGUUCUCGAAGACAACGAAAAAGUCGCGAAAAAGGAGAUCACAGCACUAACACAACAGCUCCAAGCUGCUCAAAAGGCUUCACAGGACUUACAGGACCAAACUGCAGCUCUACAGAAGGAACUGGGCGUCGCUGGUGGCAAGGCCAAGCAAUUGGGACAACUGGAACAGGAAGUGACUCAACUACGCGAACAAGCCGCUCUCGUAACGCCACUAAACAAUGAACUACGCGACGCCAAGGCUCAGUACGCAACACUAGAGACGAGUUAUCGUGAAGAACAGGCGCUACGCAAGAAAUACUACAACCAGAUCGAAGAUAUGAAAGGUAAAAUUCGCGUAUACGCUCGCUGUCGGCCCAUGAGCGGCUCGGAGAACGAUCGUGGAUGCAUCACUUGUGUAAAAUUUGUCGACGAGUUCUCGCUCGAAGUGAGCGGAGGCAACCGAGCAGCCAAAACUUUCGCUUAUGACCAGGUUUUUUCGCCAGCAAGUACGCAGAAACAGGUCUUCGAGGACACAAAAAAUCUGCUUCAGAGCGCUGUGGAUGGCUACAACGUGUGCAUUUUCGCGUACGGACAGACCGGGUCGGGGAAGACAUUUACUAUGACUGGAAGCGAGAGCGAUCCUGGACUGAGUCCUCGAGCUAUUCAUCAUCUUUUUCAGUUAGCAGAGGAAGGGAAAGCCAACUUUACUGUGAGUUUCCAAGCCACGAUGUUGGAGCUGUAUAAUGAUUCGCUUAUUGACUUGUUCCACCUCAUGGAAGGUGGUGGUUCUCAUGAUAAUAAGCUGGAGAUUAAAAAGAACGAGAAGGGAAUGGUGGUGGUGCAGAAUGCCACACUCAAGAAAUGUACGUCACCCGAACAAACGUUGAGGUUGUUUGAGGCUGCGAACAAGAAACGACAAGUGGGGGCGACCAAGAUGAACGCUGAGAGUAGUCGCAGCCACUCCAUCUUCUCGUUGCUAGUAGAGAGCUACAAUAAAACCACCAAAGCUACGACUAUCGGGAAGCUCAGUCUAGUGGAUCUUGCAGGGUCGGAACGAGCAGGGAAAACGGGUGCCACGGCCGAGCGGCUCAAGGAGGCGCAAGCUAUUAACAAGAGUCUCAGCGCCCUGGGUGACGUGAUCUCGGCGCUGUCGAACAACGAAAAGUUCAUCCCGUACCGCAACAACAAGUUGACACAGUUGAUGCAGGACUCGCUCGGUGGCAAUGCGAAGACACUCAUGUUUGUGAAUAUCUCGCCGGCCGACUACAACCAGGAAGAGACCGUGACGUCGCUCACAUACGCGUCACGGGUCAAGCUCAUCACAAACAAUGCCAACAAGAACUCCGAGAGCGAGCAAGUGAACCGGCUCAAGGCAAUUAUCAAGCAGCUCCGUGCCGGCAAGACCGACGUCGAACUAGAUGGCGUCCUCGACUAAAUUCUACAUCAACACAUACAGCCGCGUCAUCACAAGCAGCAAAGCAAGGAAAAGCAACGCAGACUUGGUUUGGUGCUCUCAACAACUCGGUGUAUCACAUUUUAUUCCAAUUCAGAAUAAAAAGGGAAGUCGGUCCUUAAUCGGUUCGCCAUGAUUCGUCAAAACGCAGCAGAAGUUUGAAAAAAUCGAAGAAAAACCACAGCCGCGAAAUCCAUUUCCACCCAAAAAAAGGUAUCCAUCGACCAAAAGUGGACCAAAUCGCCACUUUUCCUGUUUCUUGGCUGUAUGUUUCGUCCUCCUCCUGCCCCACUCGACGUCCACACGUUCUCCGCUUAUCUGUUGGCCUUGGCCACACGCUCGAUCUCGUCCUUCUUCUUAAUAGCGUAACUGUUGGACGAGCCCUUGGAGGCGUUGAUCAGCUCGUCAGCCAGGCACUCGGCGAUGGUCUUGACGUUGCGGAACGAAGCCUCACGGGCGCCCGUGGCGAUCAGGUACAGAGCCUGGUUGACACGACGGAAGGGCGACACAUCCACGCCCUGGCGACGCACCACACCGGCCGAGCCGACGCGGGUCGAGUCCUCACGCGGGCCCGACUUGAUGACAGCCUCCACGACCACCUGCAGGGGGUUCUUGUCCGUAAGCAGGUGGAUGAUCUCCAGCGUGUGCUUCACAAUGCGCGUGGCCUUGAGCUUCUUGCCAGAGUUGCGGCCCUUGCGCAUCAGAGCGUUCACAAGACGCUCCGUGAUGGGGCACUGAGCCUUGCGGAAGCGCU